AUGUUCACAGGCAUCAUUGAAGUAAUGGGCAUUGUCGAGUCCCUCACGAAAAUGGACAAGACCAAGACCGGAGGCAAAGGAACGUCUCUGACCAUCGCCAAUGCUCAAGCUGUCUUAACUGACGUCAACAUUGGCGAUUCGAUAUGCGUCAAUGGUGUAUGUUUGACCGUCACUGAAUUCGAUGCAGCCAGAACAAAAUGCAAGUUUGGAUUGGCUCCUGAGACGUUGAGAAAGAGUAAUCUAGGUGAACUGAAAGCUGGUGAAAAGGUCAAUUUGGAGAGGGCUAUGGGAGCUGCAACUCGUUUUGGAGGUCAUUUUGUGCAGGGACACGUCGAUACUACCGUAACCAUCGAAAGCAUCACACCAGAUCCCCCAAACUCCCUACUCUUCAAAUUCAAAGUACCACCAGCACAAGAAACCGGCGACACAGAUUUCUUAAACUACAUCAUUCCAAAAGGAUAUGUAUGUCUAGAUGGAACAUCUCUUACCGUAGUUGACGUGAACGUACCAGCAAGAACAUUCAGCAUCAUGUUGAUUGCUCACACACAAGAAGCUGUCGUGUUGCCUUUAAAGAAGGUUGGAGCCAGAGUGAAUCUAGAAGUAGAUCAAAUCGGAAAGUACUUGGAUAAUGUUGUGUCUGCGUUUAUGGAAAGUGGACGUGGUGGAUCUGUGUUGGAAGCUAUAAUUGAACGAGUUGUUGAUCGUAAAUUGGCUCAGUUGAAGGGCAAGCUUUAA